AUGGGUAAAACAGUGGCUGAUAUUAUUUUGGAUUACCAGAAGAAGAAAAAAUUAGAAGACCCUGAAUCAGAGAAAUAUCAUCUGAUUGAAGCAGCAGCAAAACUGAUCAAAACGGAAAUCAAACUAUUAUCAACUACAACGGAGCACUAUCCCUUGUCAUCAGAGAAUGCAUCUGAACAGGAAAAUAAAAAGUUGUUGCCAUCAGUUUUGCAACAUUUCUUGGAUAUUAUCAUUGGUACCAAGGCAAGUGAUUUGAAGAAGAUUUCUAUUGGACAGGCUUUGGUGCAAGAUUCAAGACCAAGAUCACUCAUAAGUCCAAUCCUCUUUGGUGUUGGUGUCCAGCUUCAUUGCGAUUUUGGUUCUCGGUUACUUGUGGACGAGCUUUACAGACUUGGGUUUUCCAUAUCAUAUGAUGAAGUACUAAAGUAUUUACAAUCUGCAAUAAUAGACAAGACACCAAAUUUUCAAGUUCCAACAGGUCAUUUCUGUCAGUGGAUAGCUGAUAAUGUGGACCACAACAUUGCCACCAUCGAUGGUCAAAACACUUUCCAUGGAAUGGGAAUUAUCAUGUGCAAAUCCGGACCACCUGAUACAAAGUCUAAUUCGUUGUCAGAGAGAAAGAUCCCUCGUUGCAAAAUCAGGCUUAAUGCUGCUAAUGUCUCUGCAGAAGCAAAAAUAGAAAUUAGAAUAUUUCAGUCUCUUAAAUCCAACAUGAACAAAAUUAUGUUUGAAGAACUGAUUUUAAAUGACAUGAAACAGAAUCUAUUAGAUCUUUUGUGGAUACAUGCAAAAUGUCGUGUGGUAGUGGUAGAUGUACUUGUUGGCGGUAUGGUGUGGAAUGUACUGAGAUAUGCUGCAACUGUUUUGGUCACGAUUGUAAAAAAUGGGGCCUCGAAAGAACGUGUUGAAAAUAAUGAAGAAGACUUAAUUUUUGCAUUUUUAUUAUUUUGA